GUCGUCGUUCACCAUCCUACCAUCGCAUUUCACAACAUUCUCGCAUUUGUUGCCAGCUUAUUCUGCUCCCGAGGUCGCUGGGCGACUAGCUACCAGCACCUCACUCACUCUCUUUCUACACCAUCGCUAUGCUCGUCCCUCUUUUGUCUUGUCUCUUCUUGGCUGCAACCCGAGUCUCUUCGUCCAGCAUCUCCGUUUCCUACCCGUUGGAAGAGCAGCUACCCCCUGUUGCCAGGAUCAAUUCCUUCUAUACAUGGACUUUUGCGCCCAAUACAUUCAAGUCGUUGUCAAACACUACCUUGACCUAUACGUCCUCCUCGCUUCCAGCCUGGCUUAACUUUGACCCUUCAGAUCGUGCGUUCCAUGGAACCCCUUCAGCAUCCGACGAAGGCUCUCCGGCUAUAGAGGUUACUGCUCAUGACCCGUCUUCGUCGGAAACAGCGUCCUCAUGGUUUGAUCUUCUCGUAUCCUCUUCCUCGGCGCCAGUAGUACAACAUUCACUAGAUGAGCAAUUUCGCCUGCCGAAUCCAUCCUUAUCCUCUGUAUUUCUCAUCGGAGAGAACUCAGCCCUGAGGUCAACCCAUCCUGCCCUUCGCAUUCCUCCUGCCUGGUCCUUCAGUAUCGGCUUCCAGUAUGACACCUUCAAGUCUGAUGGCGACAUUUACUAUUCCGCUUUACAAGCCGAUGGAACCCCUCUUCCCGAAUGGAUGUUCUUUAGCCCCAAGUCCAUUACCUUCAAUGGGUUUACUCCCAAGGGGACAAACACCACCAAGCCAUAUACGCUAUCUCUGGCCCUGCAUGGAUCGGAUCAGAGGGGCUAUUCUGCAUCUUCUCUUCUGUUUGAUGUCGUCGUGGCCGAACACGAACUCUCUCUUGCGACAACAUCCCUACCAACUAUCAAUAUCACUGCAGAAACACCCUUCUCCGUCAGCUUGACGUCUCCGGUAGACUUCUAUGGCGUCUUAUUGGACGGAAAGCAAAUACAACCGGCGGAGAUCACCACCCUUGAAGUGGAUACGUCCUACUAUGGCCAGUGGCUAAAGUAUGAUACCGCCAGUAGAACUCUUUCUGGUCAACCUCCCGAUUCUCUAAAGGACGGUGAUCAAAGUACUCUUCUACCCGUAACGCUAGCAACCUCCGUCAAUCAAACAAUCGAGACUAACGUCUCUAUUGCUGUCGUUCCAUCCUACUUCUCUACGGCGUCUUUACAGCCUAUGUUAGUCAACCCUGGUCAACCGGUCGACUUCGAUCUCCAGCCGGUUUAUUCUAACCAGACGGGCAUCAAUGGUCAGGAUGAUGUCAACCUGACUGCUGCGUAUGACCCGACUGACGCGGCCGAUUUCCUGUCGUUUGAUCCUGGAUUCGGAUUUCUCACUGGGACGGUUCCUACGAACACGAGUGUAAAUGGAGUCAACUAUACUCACAUCUCGGUCACAUUCACCGCAUACUCUCACAUCACUCACUCAACUUCCCAUACUACCCUACCAGUCUCGCUCUCACCUACGGACUUUGCUCAUCAACAUGGACCUUCCCAUGGCCUUUCCGCCGCCGCUAAAUCCAAACUGAUCCUUGGUUUAAAGAUCGCAUUCAGCGUUGUCGGUGGUCUAAUAUUCCUCGGACUCUUCCUCGCUGGCUUCAGGAAGUUUGCUCGCGUCCAGGAUUCUGCUGUCCAGGGCGAAGAAGGUAUGCGGGCUUGGACGGAUGAGGAACGCAAGUACUAUGGCGUUGGAAUUGAAGUCGACGGAAAAACACGCUUAGCUCCUGGUUCAGAUGAGAAAGGCUAUAGAUGGUCCGAUUCUGCUGUCCGUGGGAUCAAUCCCCCAUUCGAUGAGAAGUACGGUGCACUAGGUCUCACGCGAACGAUUACAAGCCCACAUCCUAAGGUCCAGAGUCCCGGCGUAAUGCGCAAAGGCGAAUUCAUGGGCAAGAUCAAGGUUACUGCUCGUAAAGUGAGCGAUACCGUCCGGAUCGUCAGCGACACAUACAGGCGCGCGGUGCAUACGAAGGCUAGGAAACCCUUGAUCUCAAAACCUGUUCUUGUCAUGACUAGCGAUGGAGAUGGCUCCAUUCCUCGUCGUGUAGAUCCAUUACGAUUUGGACGCUCCGCUAGCCCUCGUCAUCCAGAUGCGUUACCGUUUGAAGACCUCGAUUUCAGUCAAUAUGCUCCGAGUGGUAGGGGCACCUCCAUCAUUGGUUCACCCUCCUCUUCAACAGGUGGACGCUCGAUCCCACGCCGUCGUGCAGACUUUGGCAGGCCAAAGACCCCCUUGGUCCUGACUACACCGCCUCAAGCACAUCUUCAUGACCAUGACAUUCGGAGGCGAUCAAGUUUGGACAGUCUGACAUCGCUUGACACCGAUUCUUCCACGGAUACACAUGCUGCUGAAGCUGUCGUUCAGCAUGCCCAGCGUGCCAUGAGUAUCCGAAGUGGUCGGAGUGCCGGUGGUGCGUCUGUAGGUUCUGGGAAUGGAGCCAAGGAAAGGAUGACGAUCGUCAACUUUACGAGCGCGAAUCGUGUCCCAGUUCCCAAGAUGCCGUCAUCCUACUUUGAAGGUGACGACCCUCAUCCGACUGCGACCGGAAACGAGAAGGGCAAGACCAAGCGCGUUGUUAGUCAGGUCGCGAAGGUCUUUAGGAGCGGUUCUACGUCGUUGCGUGCAGGUGACAAGUUCGAGGAAGAUGCUCUCAGUCUCGGGAUUUCGUACGUUCAAGCAUACGGCGACGACUCGCGUAUUCCAGGUGAUCGCUCAUCGGCAUCCUAUUCCGUGGAGACAUCUAGUGCUGGACAUGCGGCCAAACCUGUACAGCGGAUUCUUGCCAGAAUACGAGAGGCCUUCAAGUUCCGGGUUCAAUUGGAAUCAUCUUCGGGCAAUGACCUCCAUUCUGCCACAUUGGAAUUGAAGCUCAUGUCCGGGGGGAGAGUUCCCAGCUUUGUCCGCGCAGACUUAACGCCGAGUGUGAAUAAGACUUCACCACGGGCUAUCGAUUUCGCCGGUACACCGUUGUCGUCUAAUGUUGGAGUGUUGGAUAUUGGGGUGUUUGUGAGAGGGACGGGAGAAUGUGUUGGACGGCUUAUUUUAGAAGUCGUUGAGCAGAAGAGAACUUAGACGUAGUUGCUCGGACAGCAAUGUUUCCGUGUACUUCUAAUAUAGAUUUGUCUAGGUCCUUGUACUUUAUAAUCAUAGAUAUGUACUUUACAUGUAAUCCUAUUAUAGAAGGCUCGGUGCACAUACUACCAUACUUUUGAACAGAAGACACAAUGAAAACAUUAU